AUGGUUCUCUUUUAUAAGGUGUCUGCUAGUGAUCCAGAUUGUGGCUUUGACUCAAAAGUUACCUACACAAUUGCAGAUGGCAUGGGUUACAAGAAACCAACAGAAUUUUAUAUAGAACGUAACAGUGGACGAAUCUGUGUGGCCAAACAAUUGGAUUAUGAGAAGAAAUCUGUGUUUGAAUUCCCAAUUCGAGCAGAUGAUAGAGAUGGCUUUUAUAUGACGGCCAUUGUGAAGGUGUCACUUGAAGAUGUAAAUGACAACCCCCCUGAGUUCUACCCACUGGAAUAUAGUACAAAUCUUGAUAAAGAUACUCUUCCUAGGGUUCCUAUAAUAACUGUCCAGGCCACAGAUAAAGAUUCCACAAAGUCUUAUGGUACAAUUGGCUACUCAUUCUUAUCAGGAAAUGAAGCUGGAUACUUUCGAAUCCAUUUGCGUAGUGGUGUGAUUUCUUUGUCCAAGUUACUCCCAAAUGCACCGAGAUUAUUCCAACUUCAGGUAACUGCUAGAGAUGGUGGUGGCCUCUAUGCAGUUAAGCCGGCCAAUGUUACCAUCAGUGUUAGUGACAGAAAUGUUCCAAUACCAACAUUUUCUGAGAGCAAGUACAGUUUUUCGGUUUCUGAAAUAGAUAAGCCAGAUACAAUGGUUGGACGAGUUCGAGCAACAAUUGCUAAUUCUGCCCAUGCAAUAACUUAUUCCAUCAUCUCAGGGGAUCGUCAGAAUCUGUUUCAGAUUAACACCCUUACCGGUGUGAUCACAGUUGAUAAUCCUCUCGACCAUGACACAGUGCCAUCAGUUCUUCUAAACAUACAAGCUGCGUCUGGGUCCCCAGCAGUUUACGGUACAUCGCAGGUGAAUAUUACAAUCACUGACGUGAAUGAUAAUGCACCACAAUUCCUUGGUUCCAAUUUGAGCAUAUCUGUGCGUGAAGACAAAACUACAAUAUCGCCUUUUUAUUCUGUUGUGGCCAAAGAUCUGGAUACUGAUGUCAGGGUCCGAGUCUUAGAUGAUAAUGAUAAUGACCCAAUCUUCUCUCGUAAGAGAUACACAUUCAACACUCUUGAAAACCAAAGUGUGGGAACAGUAGUUGGAAUCGUGAGUGCUACUGACCGUGAUAGUGGACAGAAUGCCAAACUUAAUUAUUCAAUUCGAAGUCACAGUUCAGAGUUUGCAAUAAAUCCAUUUUUGGGGGAGGUUACACUGAGGCGGGUGCUUGAUCAUGAGACAAAAACCCAUUAUUCAAUAAUUGUUGAAGUCAGUGACCAAGGGCAACCGCCACGCAAAGCUUCAGCUAUGGUAGAUAUUAAUGUGCUAGAUGUGAAUGACAAUGCUCCCCGAUUUACAUCAAAGAAAAAUGCAGUAGUUCUUGAAAACAAAGCUAAAGGUACCCCUGUUCUGCAAGUAGUGGCCACUGACCCCGAUGCCAAAGAAAAUGGAAGCAUUACCUACUUCUUCGAUGCAGAUGGAGAUCAAAAUGCUAUAGCAAAUUUUGCUAUCCACCCACGAAAUGGUCAGAUAACAACACGGGAGGUUCUUGACUAUGAGAGUCAAAAUAAAUAUAUUCUCACGGUUGUGGCUCGGGAUAGUGGGGCUGUACCAAUGGAAAGUCGACAACAAGUUGAAAUUAGAGUUAUAGAUGAUAAAGAUGAGCAACCUUUGUUUCCUUCCAAAAACAUUUCAUUUAGCAUUCCUGAGAAUGUGCCAAUUCGUACUUCGGUUGGUCAAAUUGAUGCCCAGUAUGGUGAUACAGAGAGUGGGAGAUAUAAUUAUUACCUUGUUGGGGGUAAUAUUUUUGGGGCCUUCACAAUUGACGUAUCUAGCGGUGAGAUAUACACCGUCAAAGACGUUGACUUUGAAGAAGCCUCAUCACAUCCUCUUGGAGUCAAAAUAGUUUACAAUGGCCCCUACAGCGUAAUGAGCAGCAAUAUAACAGUCAUUAUAAAUGUCAUUGACAUCAAUGAUAAUGCUCCAAUGUUUGACACGGAUCCUGUUGAAUUGUCAGUCCAAGAAAAUACCCCAGUUGGCACCUCCUUAUAUACGUUCGCAGCUACUGAUUUUGAUUCCGGUCCCAAUGGUAGCAUUGUGUAUUCUAUAAGGUCAUCUGGAAGUCCUGGUAGUGAAAUGUUUAGUAUUGAUGCCAGAACUGGUCAGCUGACAGUUAAUAAAACAGUGGACUAUGAGAAGAUACAAGCAACAUCAUUUAUAGUAGUAGCAGAGGACCAGUCUCCAGACUUGAACUCCCGUUUAUCAUCUAGCAUUACAGUGUUGGUAACCAUUGAAGAUGAAAAUGAUAAUAAACCUAAGAUUAAUAAUUCCAUGCUGAUCAACGUCUCUGAGGAUGAAUCCAUUGGGUUCCCUCUUGUUCAACUGAUUGCUGUUGAUGCAGACUCUGGUAACUCUAGUAAUGGUAUUGUCACAUACAGCAUUGUCUCUGGCAAUUCUAAGAGUAUCUUUCUGCUGGAUGAAAAUACAGGCUUGCUUACUUUAGCUCAAAAACUGGAUCGAGAAACUCAGGAUAAGUAUGCUUUAAACAUCAGCUCACAAGACCAAGGAAUUCCACAACAUGUUUCUUAUACUCUCUUAACAAUCCAGGUCAUAGAUGUCAAUGACAAUACACCAAAGUUUGAGCGUUCACUCUAUCAUGCAGAAAUAGCUGAGAAUACACGCAAGAAUACUAACAUUGUUCGAAUUGUAGCUCAGGAUGAAGAUACAGGUGCCAAUGGAAGAAUUCGGUAUUUGAUUCCUCAAGGGACUGCAGACAAUAUGUUUAGCAUUGAUGAAGAUAGUGGUGUGAUAAAGACAACUGCUAAAUUAGACAGAGAAUACAAAAUGACUUAUCAAAUAACUGCUUAUGCUGUUGAUGAUGGUUAUCCCAUGCGAUAUGAUACAACCAACGUUGUCAUUACUGUAAAAGACAUCAAUGACCACAGUCCUGUAUUUAAGUCUUCAGUUUACCACCUGAAAAUACCAGAAAACCAGCGUUACAAUGUGAUUCGCACCUUUGUUGCUUAUGAUGCAGAUGAAAAUGAAAAUGGCAAAGUUACUUACAGAAUUGAAGCUGGAAACACAGACCAAAAGUUUGCCAUUGACCCUGACACUGGCAAAUUAUCUUGUGAACCUUUGGACCGAGAAAAAGUCCCUUUUUAUAACCUUACUCUGGUUGCAGAAGAUGCUGGCAAUCCUCAACGAACUGGUCGUACACAUGUCAUGGUCACAGUGCUUGACCUGAAUGACAACCAACCAGUAUUUGAGCAGUCAAACUAUAGCCGAAUGCUACCUGAAGAUAUUCCACCUGGAACAUUUGUGUUACAAGUUAGUGCCACUGAUGCUGACCAGGGAGCUAAUAAGAAUAUUUCAUAUUCAUUAGGGAAUAACACUUUUGGUCUUUUCACAUUGAACAGCACCAAUGGCACCAUCUCCACCAUAGGAUAUUUUGACCGAGAAGUGAGAAGUACAUAUCAAUUUGAUGUUAUUGCUACUGAUGGUAGCUUGUACGAAAGCCCACACUCUGUCAGUGUCCCAGUGCAGAUUGUCAUGGAUGAUGUCAAUGAUAACCGACCAGUCUUCCCUGCCCAACCAUACCGGGUUACCAUUUCCUCCCACCUGGGUUCAGAUAAAUUUGUUCUGAAAGUGGAGGCAACAGACAGGGAUGCUGGAAGGAACCAGCAAGUGUCCUACUCCUUUGGUUCCCGUUCUGAUGAUUUGGCACAAAGGUUAUUUCGGAUAAAUUCCAGGACUGGAAUAAUUAAGACAAAAGUCCAGAUGACUUUUGAUGAAAGUGGUUACUAUUUUCUUGAAGUUAUUGCUCGUGAUAAUGGAGGCCCGCUUCUAAGUUCUGCAGGCGUUGUUGAGAUAAUGGUUGGCCAUCACAAACACCAGCAGAAUCUUUUGUUCAAUGCUUCUGUGUAUGAAGUAUCAGUGCCUGAAAAUGCUCCAAAAGGGCGACAUGUCCAAACAGUUACUGCCCUUUAUGAAAACAGAAAACUGACCAGCACCAGAUAUGAAUUUAUUAGUGGCAAUGAAGACAAGACAUUUUUUAUUGAUGCUCAGAGUGGUGAUAUUAUUAUUAACCGACCAGAAAAUUUAAACUAUGAAAAAGCUUCAACCCUUCGAUUAAUGGUAAUGGCCCAAGUGAGUGGUUCCCGAGCCUACACAACUGUCAAUGUUAAUUUGAUUGAUGUUAACGACCACACUCCAAUCUUCACACAAUCGCAGUAUGUUUCAUUUGUUUGGGAGAAUGAAAAUCGAGACACUUAUGUGACAAAGGUGUCUGCCAGUGACUAUGAUGCCAACAACCAGGUGCGCUAUAGCAUCAUCAAUGGCAAUGAUGGCAGGGCGUUUAAAGUCGAACAAUACAGUGGCAUCAUCAAGACAACAAACCUUUACCUGGACAGAGAAAUUUACUCCUCUUAUCAGCUGGAUAUCGAAGCAGCUGACAAUGGAUCACCACCAAAGUCGUCCACUUGUGUUCUGCACAUCACUGUUGUUGAUAAGAACGAUAAUAAUCCUGUUCUACCAACACCCUUACCUGUCAAUAUUGGUGAAGGUACUGAGGUUGGCUCUGUCAUUGCUAUGGUAACAGCAAAUGUAGCUGAUCUGAAUCCAUCUUUCAGCUACAACAUUAGUUCUGCUGAAGACAUGUUCAAUAUUGACCACUUGACUGGAGAGGUCACUCUGGCUCAGCCAUUAGAUUAUGAAAACAGAAAACAAUAUUUCCCUAAUAUUACAGUAAAAAGUGGAAAUAAUUAUGCUACUACAAGACUGACAGUUAAUGUAUUGGAUGAAAAUGACAAUGCUCCUGAAUUUAAUAAACAAAGCUACCAGGUUACUGUCAAGGAGACGGCGUAUAUUGGCAAGUCAAUCAUCACAGUAACGGCCACCGAUCUGGAUUCUGGAAAGAAUGCAGAGAUUACUUACAGAAUGGAUAUCCCAGUUCCUGAAUUUUAUAUUGAUUCCAGAAGUGGUACAAUCCAUGUAAAUCGUUCACUGAAAUUCAACCCUAACCAUUCUAUCAUUCAGCUGGUAGUAGUAGCUGAAGAUGCUGGCAAUCCAAGACUCUCUGCUGUGGUUGUUGUUUACGUCCAAAUAAUUGCUGUCAAUACUUACCCUCCAAGAUUCCUAAAUACUUCAUACAGAGUCCGCUUCGAUGAAAACACAGUACGUGGCACAGAAUUGUUGGAUCUGAUUGGUCCAACAGAUAGCAACUCACUUAAAAAACGCAAAGUUGACUAUAAAAUAAAAGAAGAGAAUAUGCGAGAUAUAUUCUCUUUGGGCAGAAGGUCAGGUGUGAUUCGUCUCAACUCUAUGCUUGACCGGGAGAAGACUGACCGUUACAGCUUCACUGUUGUGGCUUCCGAUGAUGGCACACCACAAAAAACUUCCACUGCCCAUGUGGAAAUCAUUGUUGAAGAUGUUAAUGACCAGCCACCAGUUUUCAACCAACACACCUACAUUGCAAUGCUGAAUGAGUCUUUUCUGAGCAAUGUGACACUGAUUACUGUCCAUGCAACCGAUGGAGAUAAGGGAGCAAAUUCUGAAAUUGAAUACCAUAUAACAACAGGCAAUGAGAAUGGCCUGUUUACAAUUGACCGCACUUCAGGAAAUAUCGUUAUUACUCCAGGCAAGCACCUUGACUAUGAGAAGGCAAGUUCACAUAAGCUGGUUGUUGAGGCUAUUGACUGUAUAAACUGCCAGUGGAGUCAACGACUGUCUGCUUUCUGUAUUGUUAUUGUCAAUGUGACUGAUAUCAAUGAAACUCCUCCACUCUUCCCACUCCAGCGGUACAUAGAGUUUGUGGCCGAAAAUCAACCUGUAAAUACACGUGUCUUCCAGGCACAUGCCAAUGAUAAAGAUGGCACACUUUUUGGCAAAGUCGUGUAUCAGAUAUAUGAUGGUGACUAUAAAUCUUUUCAUAUUGACAGAGAAACAGGAUUGGUGCGCACUGCCACUCGGUUUGAUUACGAAAAACGCAGCCAAUACACAUUCCAGCUGAAAGCUAUGGAUAGUGGAGGACUUCAUUCUGUAAUUCCAGUUGAAGUGAAUAUUCUCAGUAUGGACGAGUACACACCAAAGUUCUUGAAAUCAAAAUACUCUUUCAGUAUACGUGGCGAUGCGGACACUGGGGAAUAUGUUGGGGAAGUUGAAGCCACAGACAAAGAUCAGGGAGAAGAUGGACGUAUAAUUUACCGACUUGGUGGCACGGAUGACAGAUUUAUGAUUUCCCCCUUAAAUGGUAGCAUUUACGUUAGGGAAAAUCUUCGAGGUGGUGGAAGUGAGGCAAGUCUUCGUAAACGUCGUGAGGUGUCAACAGAUAAUCAAGAUCAAAAAGAAUCUCCCAAAGAGAAGAAGGAGGAAAAAUAUGAAGAUGUAAAAUUGGUUGUCAUAGCUGGGUCAGGGAAAUCAGAUUCUAAAAUCAACGAAACCCACGCAAUUAUAAAAAUUGACCGUGGAUGUGUGGGAUGUGACAAACUUGCCAUUGUUGAUCCUGGAAGUGGUGGUAAGACACUUGUAAUCAUAAUUGUUGUCAUCGUUUUAUCCCUUAUCCUCAUCAUUGCGUGCAUUCUGUUGUUCUUUGUAUACAGACGGAGAUACAGGAAACGCAAACCCCGAUCAGUGCCUCCCUCAUUUGAGGUUCCUCCAUCGGCAGCUCCAAGGAGGCCUGGUCCACCCUCCUACAGGGAAGUUGUCCGGUGUAAUGGCAACCACAUUGCACCAUCGGAAGUGCUGUCGGACCGCUCGGGUAAUUCAGCCUCCAGUGGGCGAGGCUCUGUCGAAGAAGAUGAGGAUGAAGAAAUUCGGAUGAUUAAUUCAAAUACUUGCCUUCAAGCCCAAACUCUGUCCCGUAAGGUCAAAAUGCCAGACUCUGGUAUUCAGCAGGAUGAAGACAGCUGCUCAGACCCACCCAUCCAAAACCACCAAGAAUAUUUUGCCAAACUUGGCAUUGACACAUCUCGAAUCCAAGCCAAAACCAAGCCAAUUGCCACAGCACCACCUCUUGAAAGUUUGCACCAUUUUCCUGAUGAUGGUGGCGGAGACCCAGAGGAGAUAGAUAUCAACAAUAUUGUCUAUGAGAAACUUGGGGAUAUAGAGACAGAUGAUGAGCUAUCAAUGAUUGAAAACUGCCGGGAUCAGGGUUUUCAUGAUGCUGAACCACACCAGGUAGCUUCUCUGUCUAGUGUAGUAAACAGCGAAGAGGAGUACAGUGGUUCCUACAACUGGGACUACUUACUAGAUUGGGGACCGCAGUACAUGCCCCUUGCUGAUGUGUUUGCUGAAAUUGCGCAACUCAAAGAUGAUGACACAUUGAACUGUAUGCCUAAAAAACAACCUAUUCAUACAGUCCCCCAAAGAUUUGUAAAUAGCACACUGAAUUCAAAUAUUCGAACUGUGCCACCACCCAUUAUCACAGAUGCUCCUCCUAAAACAUAUAAUCAGGGCUCGAACCACUCUAGUCAUACUGCAGCAAAUGGGCCCUCUGGAAAUCCAGGGUCAAGGACUAAUAACGCUUCUCUUCCCACGUUGCCUCGUUCACCAAUUAGUCAUGAGUCGUGUUUCCCUUCCCCUGCAUUGACCCCAUCCUUCACACCCUCCCUGUCGCCACUGGCUACAAGGAGCCCAUCCAUAUCCCCAGUGGUUAGCUCCCGUGGAGCUGGUAGUUCUGCUCAUAACACACCUGGGCGGGCACGAACAUCUGUUAAGCGAGGACAUCCAAGUUACAUUGGUUCACCAGAAUCAGAACAGGAGAUCAGAAUAUGA